GUUUACGCGUGGCAGCUCCACGAGCUUCUAUUGAGUGACUUGGUUCACAACUUUCAAUUCCAGCUAGCUGAAUUGGUUCACGGUAAACUAGGUUGGAGGUUUAGGUUGUUGUGUCUGGUUAAUCUUUUGGCUCCGGCAAGCAGUAAUAGUAGCAUCGGGUACGACAGUUGUAGAGCAUUCUACUCUCCGUAAGACCACCAGAACGGGUAUACUGCGGCACUACACCGACUCGAUGUCAGUAUUCAGCACACCCCGAUAGAAAGGCCUGUACCCGAAAAAAGGUCAUUUUGUAAAGACGCUGACUGGCGGGCCGUUCGUAUCUAUUAGACUUUCAUCUUCACACCAAAACAAUAAAACUCGGCCGCAGCGGCUCUUAUGAACGUGUGCAGGAGAGGUCUGAUUAAGACAGACCCGUUUCGGCGCCGCAAUAUCCGCACCCUUCCAGCUUCUCGCCUCGCUAUCCGCUCGUAAGUAGACCUCCCGCAAUAAUUAGUUCUGUCGUGCGGUGCUCAGUUGUGGACUGGUUUUUCCGGAAGUAGUACGAGGGGGGGUACUGCGACUGCAAGCUCCCUCGGCCCAUACCCGCGCUGCCGUAGGCGCCCCCCGCCAUCUUCUUGGGCUCAUCAUUGCUGCUGGCCCGAUCCUGACAAAACCUGCCUGCGGUCGUUCCCCAGUCGCAUAAGGAUUUUCUUGCGCGACAGAGCUAUUCUUCCCGCACCGUAAUCUUCGCAAAGCAAACACUGCAAAGCCUGCGGGGUACUAAAAGUUAAGUCGCGGCGAUGAUUCCCAUUGAAAUGCAGUGCGGCGUUCUCGCAGCGGAGAGUGGGAAAGAAGAAAUUUCGGCCGCGCGGGCUGAUCCGCCCACGCUCCCGAUGGCGGCCGCCGCCCCCAAUGAUCAUUUUUCGCAAAAUAGUAGCAAAGAGGUGCAACUGUUAUCUGCGGCCGAAACUGACGAAGGUACGACCCCGCCCUCCCUUGGUAGCUGCUCCGCAGAGACCGAAGGACAUGUGCGCGGGCUUAGCGGGAACUUUCCUGGUGUUGAGCAUUCAGGCCCGGGAGGAACAGGAGCAUCAAACGCGUCUGCCGGUUCCGCUGCGGAAUCAGUCCCUACUCCCGCCAAACUCGCCGAACCACACCCGGGGCCGCCUCCGGCGGUAGCUCAGCAGCCGACUCAACCACAACAACCUCUCCUGCAGCUGGGCGCGCCCACUGCCGGCCAGCAACAGCCAUCACUCCUGCACCUCCUGAACCCGCCUCCGGGCCAGCAACCGCCCCUUGGCCCGCCGACCGGAACUACACCUGGAUUAAUCGGACAGCAGCUUCCCGCACCAGUUGGACUGCCUGCCGGUACCCAGCAGCAAGUCGCAGCCCCAAAUAGUACUAACCUCAGCAGCAUCAAUCCAGCAAACCUUUUCAACCAGCCCGGGCAACAACAGCAGCAGCCUCCGCUGCUGGGUUUCAUCGCGCAACAACAGCAGCCCCAACUUCCACCUCAACUUGCACCGGCGCCACUCGUUAACUUUCUCAACGGGGCCCCCAGUCCGCUACAACAGCCGGGCGGCCCGCCCAGCGCCGGCCCGCCGGGUGCAGCAGCAGUCACCGCGGCGGGGGUUUUGCCACCACAACUCCUGGGACAGCAACAAAACGCAGUAGUGCCAGCACCUAUUGGCUCUUCUAGCGGGGCGGGACCACCUCCGCAACAAGCCGUUCCGAACGGGGUCCACCUCGUUGGGCAACAGCAACUAGUACCAGGAGCGCCGACCCUUCCCGCGCCAGGGAGCAACGGUGUAGUUGAGCAGACGGCCAGUACUAACGGAGUAGUUGUAGCUGCCCCCGUUGUUCCGCCAAUGCAGAACCGAAACACGGAUUAUGGUAUGUUCGCAGGAGGAGCGAAUGCAGAGCAACCUUCGCGCGGAGGACAGGGAGGAGCAGGCGGUGGGGGAACCGGCGGUGGCGGUGGAGGGGGUGGUAGCGGAACCGGCGGUGGAAAUAGCGGCUAUUACAGCCAACCCAACACACCAGGCGGCUCCGCCAACAAAGGAGGUAUAGUGAGCACUUUUGUCGUGUUGGUCAGCAUUUAUUUUUCCUAGAGAAAUCUUGGCAACGAGGACGGGGAAUAAAGCGUUACACCAUCGUGCAUCUGUUUUCUCAUCAACAGCGCUUUUUAUGAGAAAUGACAUUGACAGUAGUGGAAAGUAGAGAACUGAAGAAGUAGUACUUCACAAACUAACAGGGCGAUCAAAGGACGGGAAGGAUGGCAAAGGUAAGGGCAAGGACAAGAACAGGGGAAAGAACAACAAGGGCAAAAACUGGGAAGACCGAGGGCAGCAGGUAAGUAUGAAGGUUGAUCGUAUUCAACUUUGGUGAAAAAGAACUAAAAGUGCUUUUCACAUAAGAAAAACAUUCUCGUCGUCGAAGACUACUUAGUCUGAUGUCACUUGUCCUAUCACACAUACAGCAAUCACAAGGCAGCUGGUCGGGAGAACACAACUGGUCCCCGAGCGAUGCGGAGCCACAACACCAGCAACAGCAGCAGCACCACCAGCAGCAACAGCAGAACCAAUACUAUCACGCACAGAAUCAGUAUAGUAGUUAUCAAAACUGGAACCACGAUCCGCAGCAAAACAUGCGGGGGAGCAAUGUUUCGCAUUCCAGCAACACGGUAUAGAAUUUUCCAUGGUUUUUGUCAACCCUUGAUCAAAGAACACAGCAGCCGGAGAAGGACAGCCUGCGUGCUUGUGACUUCACAGGAGUCGACCAUUUUUUCCUUGAUUUUGAAGUAAAGUAGUUUGCAAAUACAAAACAGAGUUGGGAGGGCGGUGGCGGUAGUUGGGACACAGGCAUGAUGGCGCAGCAGCAGUGGGGCGGCUACGAUGCGAACAACCGGUACGCAUCCCCCGUCGACAGUAAUGCCGGACCCGGGUCCUACACGCCCGAUGGAAUGUGGGUGCCACCAGGAUCAUCUCUCCAAAUGCCGUCGCCUGUUAGCAGUAUUGCGUGUCAACUAUUUGAUGUGUGUGUAAUGACGUACUAUUUCUUAAAAUUCGCUUCCAGCAUAAGUGAACAAAGACGCACCAGCUGCGGCGCGCAAUAAAUAAGACAUUCCUACGACAAAAUAAACAGGCUUUAAUCCAGCAGCGGCCGGUGACCUGAGGUGUCGUUAUUACAGGAGAGUAAACGUCGGACCGUCACACACGCUCACCGCGGGCUGUUACCGCGGGCACGAGUGUCGUUUCGUCCACGAUAAUCCGGGAAGCGACGAGUCGUCAGUAUUUUUAUUGGCAUAAGUUGCUCCUUGUUGACGACCUUCAAUGCCUCGUUUUUUUGCGCUUAUGAAGAACCAACAGCAACAAUUUUGUUUCCUUCCUGCUCGUGUUAACAUCCACGCUAGUAAGCGGAAAAUAACACAAAUAUUAAACGUUUGAAGAAAUAACGCUACUACAGGUAUAUGACCAGUUCAUAAAUAAUCCGCUCGAGUUUGUGGCAAGCUGUAAUUUACCCGCGAACAGUAUUAACGUUUUCGAGAAUGACAACCAGCACCCAAUCGGGGUGAAAAAGUUGUUCGAAAGUAAACUCGGCCCCGACGGAAAGCAGAUCGUGACGGUAGACGAAACCGCCAAGAAGCCGCAGCCGAACAGAGUGAACUCCUCCGAAUCAGGAACGGACGGUAUCUGAUUAUGAUUUUACAUCGCAACGAAAAUAAACAUUUUCAUCACCCGUUCGGAUCGGUCUCGGUGUCAUCCAUGCAUGAAUCAAUUAAAAGAGUGGUGGUCACAAGAACUACAAAGCGGAACAAAUAACUUUGAGUCGACUCUCACGGAGGCUGGUUGCGCGUAGGCGACAUCAUGCCGGGGUUCGAAGCUACUUCUACAACGACACACUGUACAAACAGGUACAAAAACCACCGCGGACGGCGAGCCCAAACCCGAAGAGCAGCGCGAGCUUCGCGUCGACGAGCGCGGGGUGAUGAUGUUUAUGCAAAAACCCACGAACGCACCUAAUAUGAUACCGGGAUAUCAACUGCAAAUGCUGUGUCUGGGUCGGGGAGGCUGCAGAAGUUUGUCGUGCACCUUUUUCAUACUUCAUCAGCCCGGGAAUUUGGGGCUUAGCAACACAGAGUCGUGCCAGUUCUUUCUUAUGCGUGUCGUGGAUACAAAUCGUCCUUGAAUAAAAUCAAUAAACUUGACCGAAGGCGGGCAUAUUUUAAUAGUCACGCAAGACCACGGAUGUUUGCGUGAACCAGACAAAGGACAAUCAGAAAUUGCAACGCUCUGUCAGACUCAGACCCAGACAUCAUAUUUCCAAUGCAUACCCGACCUGGUAGAGCCAUAUCAAUAUUUGACUUUUUUCUUCGUAUACUGUUACUCGAUGUUGACAAAUGUAUAAAGCUGGUUCUUCAUCGAGACCUUGCAUGUCAAGCCUCCAAUGUUUUUGCAGGGCCUUCGCCUAUGAAUCAGAUGCCGGGCGGUGGCAUGAUGGGGCCCCCCGGGGGCAUGCAGCCACACCAAAUGCAGCAACAGCCGAUGAACACCAGUCCCUUCGCAGCACCCCAGCAGCAGCCGGGGCAUAAUAUGAUGAAUCCCCUACUGGGCAUGAACAUGAUGGCGAAGGGCGGGCCCAAUCAGCAUCCGCAGAUGCAAUUGCCACCGCAGAUGCAGCCGGGCGGGCCGCAGAUGCAGAACAACCCCGCGAUGCUGGGGCUGAAUCCUUUGGGAAACAAUCCGAACCUGCUCCCGGGCGGGAUGCCCGGGGGCGUCCUUCCGCAGCAGGGUGGACUACCGCCCGGAGCGGCAGGCAACAAUCCGCUUCUCCAGAUGCUGAACAAUUCCGGAGGGGGAAAUCAGCAGCCACUGCCGAUGAUGGGCAAUCCCAUGAUGGCGGGCGGACCGCAGCCGCCAAGCCCAGGCAUGCCGCAGCAGCAGCUCCAGCCGCAAGGACUUCUGCCACUGGGAGCAGGUCCCCAAGGCGCACAGCCCAUGAUGAACAACAUGCAGGGACUGAUGCCGAUGAAGGGAAAUGCGGCGGCCGCGCAGCCCCCGGGAAGUCCGAAUCGCGGGCAGCAACAACAUCCCGCGCAACUCAUGCCACUACCCCCGCAACAACCCGGCGGGGGCGGACCCCUGCAGCAGCAGCCGGGUAGUAACACGCUGCAACCGCUUCCCAUGAACAACAAUAAUCCGAUUGCCAACUUGCUGCAGCAGGGGCAACAACAAGGGCUCCAGCCGCCCCCGGUCCCCCCAACCGGUGGGACCCCGGGUCCGCAGCCCGGCCAAACCCCCGGAGGUACUUAGACUGUUUCUGAGCUUUCUUCUGAAUGACCUGGGUUCUUUGACAACUGUUUGAUGGUCUUCUCUUCGCCGCAAAAAAUUCUAGAAUCAAAUAUGAUUCAUUUUCAAGAUUCGCGAUUCGCAUCUGUUGUAUAAUAUAAGGUGGAGGUGGACCUCCAAGCGGUGACAACAGGAAGGGCACGUGAGCAAUGGUCUCUUUCCGGCGCGGGAAAAAUAAGAGAGCCGCGAGCUACGGGGAGAAGAGGCAAGACGGUUUUAGAAACUACAGAAAAUACUUUACUAGUUGCGGUGUUGUAACCAAGCACUCGUUGUAGCACCACAGUUUUCAACUCCAGUAGGUGGAGCUUUUUCAGGCAGGAAAAUAAACUAUUGUUGAUAUGUACUCGGGGAAAAACCCUAAACAGGAAAAUAGACAUUAUCUCACUCAGACAGAUCGCAUCUGAAUUCAUCUUUACAGUAAGCUUCAGAAAUUUGCUUCUCGCAUUUCCUACAUCGUUUUUACAUCAAUCGAUUGGUUGAAGGCUAUUUUUUAGUAUCGGGUAGUUGUUCGAAACCCUAAUUAACAGAAAAAAAAUCCAAAUCAGAAAAUCAAAAAAUUUUGAGAUAUUUGCAUCAGCUGAGACUAUCGCUACUCUAUUUGUCUUUAAUAUUAGUAGUCCAAAUAAUAGACGCAAGUAGCCGACGCGUACAGUAGUAUAUUCCUCCAGAAACAGAAAAGACCCAAUUACUUACCCGUCUUUGUUAGUUAUCAGCACAGCGGUGGUGCUACGUGAGAUGGUACCACGCAAGGAUGACUCAUCCGUAUCUACUUUUACUAGUUUAGUGUAACCCCUAUGUUUCAACGUUGAGAGGCGACGGACUUGUUUUUCAAGUAUUCUAGCCGCCGGAGGCACUUUUUGGUUUUUCUCUUUCGAAUGAAUAUGUGACGAAAAAAAAUAAAUAACUACAUACAACAACCGCGCCCGAUAAAUAUUAAUACACUGUACGCCUAAAAAAAGUCAGCUGCUCUUCCGGUC